UAACAAAGAUGGCGGCCUCGGGGGAGGAAGACGGGGUUUAUUUCGUGGUCAAUAACAUUCCUGUAAAGUUUCGCUCAGCCGAUCUGAGAAAUUAUUUCAGCCAGUUUAUAGAAAGCGGAGGAUUUUUGUGUUUUCAUUACCGACACAGACCGGAAGUGAGAAUAAACACAGCGGAAGGAGAGAAGGCUCAGGGACAGACGGAGGAGGGUGAAGAAGGAGCGAUGGAGAGAGAGAUGGAGAGAGCUGAAGCCGGCCGCUGCUGUGUGGUGUGUGUGAGGGAGAGAGAAGCGCAGCGCUUUGUGAAGAUGUUCAGCGGAAAUCAGUGGAUCGACUCGCAGGGAAACUGGAGCCGGAAGCGGUGCCUCAUCCGGAGGAUUAAAGUCUCCGAUCACACCGAUCCGGAUGUUUUUCCGUAUAAGACGAAGGCGGAGCUGAGGCGUCCCACAGCGCACACGGAGCAUUUCACUAAAGCCGAUCUACACGCCCUGCCCGAGCUGACUCCGCCCGCUCUCAUGCCUGCCGGUAACGUCGGGACUCCGGUCAGCGUGUUCCUGCAGCUCAUCCAGUCCUGCCGCUUUCCUCCUCGCCUCAUCCGCAAACUCGGCCUCACCUUCCCCAAGACGGGGUCGCACCGUCGCUACGGCAACGUCCCCUACCACUACAACACGGCUGUGAUGGCGGCGAGCGAAGAGAGCGUGUUCACUGCAAGAGGGGUGGAAAUCUGCGGGCCGGGGACCGUCGCUCCACCAAAGAGCACCGAGAAACUGAGAGACGGGAUGCACGAGAACAAGGAGCAGCCAAUCAGAGCGAACCGUACAGCAGCAGAGGCGGAGAGCAGGGAGGAGGAGGAGGAGGAGUCAGGACCAGAUGAUGACGAUGACCGGUGUGAGGAGUGGGAGCGACACGAGGCUCUGCACGAGGAUGUGACGUCUCAGGAGAGAAGUAAAGAGCGUCUGUUCGAGGAGGAGAUUGAGCUGAAGUGGGAGAAAGGAGGAUCAGGCCUCGUGUUCUACACAGACGCUCAGUAUUGGCAGGAGGAGGAAGGGGACUUUGAUGAGCAAACAGCAGAUGACUGGGACGUUGACAUGAGCGUCUACUACGACAAAGACGGAGGAGACAUGGACUCCAGAGACUACGUACAAAUGCGCUAUGAGAAGCGACUGAGGGACGGAGCGGAGCAGCCGGGGAUCCUCCAGCAGAAAAUCGGCACCUUCGAGAAAUUCACGAAGGGUGUGGGGCGGCGUGUGAUGGAGAAACAGGGCUGGAAAGACGGCGAGGGACUCGGACACUCCCGCUCAGGGAUUCCCGAGGCUUUAGAGAAUGAAGGGCAGCAUCCCAACUGUAAGAGAGGCUUUGGGUAUCACGGGGAAAAGCUCAGCAAUUUCCAACCAUUUAAAAAACCUCGGCCUGAUUUUCACAUAUCGACUGUUUACGACGAGCCGAAAGACAUCGACCGGGGCGACACACUGCUCCGCCGGCAGCCGAGCACCAGCCUGAAACACACACACUGGCAUCCAAAGAAAAGCACCAAGCCACAAAGCUGACCUUUAUUUCAUUUAUAAUUCAAGAACUUUUCUCCCCAUUUUUUAUUUCGGUGUUUAGAUCUCGCAUUUGGAAAAGAGGUCUGAAAAGAUAUUCCCUUGUUUUAAAGGGUGUUAAUUCUUUUGCGUCAUUUUGUGACUUGAUUUAAUUAAAGUGUAAAGAAACAAAA